AUGGCCGCUGAACCUAAGACCGUAUCAUCAAAUUAUCCCAUGAGCCUACAGUUUGACCUGGAUGAAGCUUUAAGUUGGGAAGACAAUUCCAAUUCCACCCUCCUGAAUAGUAAUAUCAGCAUUAAUAUUGCAGCACCAAAUCCAAACUCAAACUCGCUCAUGAUCCUAGAAAAUAUGCCAACUCCUCCUCCUGCUGCUGCUGCAGUUGAUGAUGUUUGUGCGGUUUGCAUGGAAGGCUUGCAAUCAGGUUCUGAUGAUCAGGAGGAGGAUGAUCAGAAUCAGAAUCAAAAGGGUAAACUAGUGCCAUGUGGCCAUGUAUACCAUGCCACGUGUCUUGCCUCCUGGCUCUUCGUCUGCAAUUCUUGCCCUCUCUGCCGCUCCACCAUCCACCUCAGAUGA